CCCGUAUCCGUCCAAUCACAGGCCUUAAUGUUACGUCGCCGCCGAAGCUGCUGUCCAGCAGGAAGACUGGCCUCGGUUUAUUUCCUGUCGGUGUAAACACCGUCGUUGACGCGUUUUUAUCGAAGUCAAGUCUUAAUUCAUCCGUGAAUCACCUUCUUCCGUCUCCAGCCGCUGCCGGAAAACCGCUAACGGUCACCUGUGGUUCGUGCGUGAGACAGACGGAGGGGAAGCCAAGAGGACAGCUGGCCGCUGACGUUAGCCGUAACCCCGGGGCUCGGUGCCGGUGACCGUCAGAGUUGGUUCUUGCAUGGGCGAGUGAGCGUCAGCCAUGAGCAUGGAGCUGGACGCCCUGGCCGUGGUCAACCAGCUGAGGGACCUGGCCGCCGACCCCAUGAAUCGCAGGGCCAUCGUCCACGACCAAGGCUGUCUGCCGGGACUCAUCCUGUUUCUGGACCACCCAAACCCUCAGGUUGUCUACUCUGCCCUACUGGCGAUCCGUUACCUGGCAGAGUGUCGAGCCAACCAGGAGAAGCUGAAGGGGGAGUUGGGGAUGAUGUUGAGCCUCCAGAACGUCGUGCAGAAAUCGACCACUCCCGGAGAGACGAAGCUGCUGGCGUCAGAGAUCUACGAGCUCCUGCAGGCGUCCAGCAGCGCUGACUCUGAGCCGGCUGAGGAGGCUGUCAGCAGCCGCCGUAAAGCCCAGUUCUUCCUGGGCUCCAGCAACAAGAGAGCCAAGACCGUCAUCCUCCACAUCGACGGCCUGGACGACUCGAGUCGGAGGAGUCUGUGUGAGGAGGCUCUGCUGAAGAUCAGAGGAGUGAUCAGCUUCACCUUUCAGAUGGCCGUGAAGAGAUGCAUCGUCCGGAUCCGAUCGGACCUGAAGGCCGAGGCUCUGGCGUCUGCAAUCGCCUCCACUCAGGUGAUGAAGGCUCAGCAGGUGGUGAAAGGAGAAGAUGGAGACGAGGUUUUUAUCCCGUUUACAGAGGACGGGUCGGUGGAGGUGGAGCAGAACGUGGACCUGCCGGACUACCUGCCAGAGGACGAAAGUCCAUCUCAGGAGCCUGACAAGGCGGUGAGCCAGGUGGGAUCCGGCCAGGAUGGGACCAGCUGGCUCAAUGCAGCCGCCAACUUCCUGUCCCGCUCCUUCUACUGGUGACCCCACGGGGCCACCUCCUCCUCCUCCCCCCUUCGUUAAACCUCCCGCCUCCUCUAAGAACCAAAACCUACCAGCUGCCAAAUCUCAGCGCUGUCAGUGUCAGCCAGAAACAAAAACUGAGACAGAACUUCCAACAGUGAGUUUAAAAACAGAGCCGUGAUCUGUCGCCGUGCAGCAGCCGUCACUAUAACGUCGCGAUGAAAAUUCACCGCCGUUACAGUCGAGAGAGAGAGGAGCUGAUCUCUCCAGAACAACGGGAUUGUGGUUUUAAUGGUUCUGUUGGGGAUCUGUGGUGUCGUUCUCUCUGUAAACGGGUUCAUAUGUUACAAACCAAAUUGUCUUAACAGACAGGAAGUGUCCUGCAGGGACAUGAACAGACACCCACGAGUUAGAAUACAUAGGCGUGACCAGGACGCCCCUCUCGCCUCCUUUUACCUUUUUAUUAUUUAUUUGACCAACAGACUGAGUGACUUUUCUUCACUUUUCUUCCUUUAAUUUGACGUGUUUGAAAGGACGAGCAGCGUCAGAGUUCAGUCUGCUGUGCCUUCAUUUUCUCUGAUCCACAGACGUCCUGCUUCUUCACGUAAAACUGAGGCUGCAUCUAACUGCUGUUCCUAUUAUUUAUUAUUAUUUCAGGAAUGGGCUGAUCGCUUAGUCUUUAAGAUAUCAAAAAUGAUGACAAAUGCCAAACAGAUUUAAGAAGAGGAGUCCAAGUUGAUGUUUAAUGCUACACCGGUGUCAAAGCCACAUAAUCAGUGGAUACAGAAAAUAGAAUCUUAAAAUCUUAAACUUAAAAUCCUCAUCUCUUAAUAACAAGCUGUUUUGGAGUGGCUCCUUUACUGCUGAGUUAAAAAACGGUGAUUAAACUGUUUAAACUGAAUUACAAAUAUGUUUGAAACUAUUCUAAAGGACGCCUGCCAAACAAUCAGCUUUUACAGUUGCCUCAGGUUCUGAUUUUUUUUUUUCUCGUCUGUUUUAAUGCAAACCACAUGUCCAUCAGUUCAUUUAAGGAGUCGUUGAUGUGAAGUGAAGUGACCUCACUUAUGUUCCAUGAUUAGAGCUCUUCUCAGGAAAGUGCAGACUGUUUGAUCCAUCGGGUUUCCGUCCAAAUGUGGCUCGGGUUUUAACUGAAUUUAAAAGAAAAUACCAAAGUGAAACCAGAGUAAAGUCUCGUUUCCUCCCUCCUGCUGUGUGAAUCUGAGCUGACUGCUUGGUUGAGGUAAACUACAAUACAGCGCAUUGCUGCCACGCCAGGAAAAGAAAAAUGGAUCAGCGUGACAUUACAACGUGAAAGUUUAUUGUUAUAACAGGAUGCUUUCGCAUCACUGUGACGCACAAACUUAUCGAGCCAGAACAAACUUCUCGUUUUAUCGAUCCACUGUUUUUCUCCUUAUAGCAUGAAACGUUUCACGUUAUACCUUCUCAAUCACUACCUGUGAUUAGUCCUGAGGUUGUGAACUGGCACAGUCUCAUCCACCGUGCUCAAUAACAGCUGAAUCGGACCAAGUCUCAGCCCGAGCAUGAAGUAGACCUUGAUCAAAUCGUCUAAAUGAGCCAUAUUUCUCAAUUAAUCCGUUCUCUGCACAGCGUUUCCUCAUUCAAAAAUGAGUCGUGACAAUAUAGGCCAAGUUAUCAGGGUGUAACAUGGACGGUUUCCUGUUAUAGCGAAGUAGAUAGUUUAUGGGUGUAACUAGAAAGUCUCAUGUGAAGAUGUGAUAAGUUUGUAUGUCGUAAUAACGUGAUGAACUUCCUGUUACGACCAUAAACUUUUCCGGUUAUGACGUGAUUCUGAUCUGCCUUUCUUUUUCUGGCGUGGCAGCAGUACGCUGCUGUAAUAAACAGCUGGUGGAGCUGAAUCUCCAGUCGCUGCCAUUAAUCCACCACAGAAGAAGAGGACACGGCGAGACAAGGUCGUUAAAAAGCUCGGACGAUGGAGAACCGCGUGGAGAACAUGAAGGAGUUGAGUUUAGGUCGGGUGCUUCACGUCCGUCAGCGUUUAUUCACUCAGUCUGGUUCACGGUGGGUUUUACCCUCACAGCUACUCUUACACCUCAGACAACACAACACCGAACACGUCCUACUGAGAUUUAGAAUUUUGAAAGAUUUCCGGUGCAAAUUGAAAAUGUGCCUAGAAACAUGUGGAUGGAAACUUGCAGAUGUCUUCCUCACUCUCCUGUCAGGUUGGAGAGAUUACACCUCAUCAUUCUUAUUGGGGCAUGGCCUCAGGUGGCCUCAUGCUCUGCACACCUUCUACCUGAGCAGAUGUCUAAUCAUCAAAGAUCAAUAAACACACCUGUAAAGGUUAAUCAGCUAGAAACUUCCAGAGAGGAGGAUUCCUGCUUCUCUGCCUCAGAUCCUUGGAAGCUGAAUCCCUUUUGUCUGGGACUCAGUUCAUCACUUGAGCUCCCGGUAAAGGAUUGUGGGUAUUUGUCCUCAUUUUUGACUAAUUAAGUGUAAAAUGAAAAUCACGGUUAGUUGCAGCCUUCCUGUAAUGUUACUGCAUUUCUGCAUUGAUGUGUUGACGGUGUGUUGGUGUUAAAAUGUAGCAGAUUGAACGGACAGUGACCUGCAGAGAGGUCAGAGACUCGGAGAGGUCACAGGUUUGAUUCCUCUGUCCACGGUUCGUCUGUCUGAUCGUUCAGAGCUUGUGAGGCUUCUGGACCCGUCAUCCUGUUUACACCAGCACCCCCGUAUGAAUGCCUUUAAACUGAACUUUUAUUUUGACACUUCCUGUGGACGCUCAGACGCUGAACUCUGCCUCAAAUCCAACCGUGUUGGUAUUUUUUGGAGCAAUGUUACCUAAGUUUUAUUUUAUCUUCCUUCUUUUUGGUGAUGUCUAACAGCCAGAGGGUUGAUGGGAAUCAGUUUUGUGACCAUUUUGCACAGUUGAAUCUGAGGUUGAUGUUUUUAAGUAGGGUAGAAAUCUGCGUUUUGCACACUGGACCAUGAAACUAAAACAGUACAAGGUUUUUGAAUUCAGUUUAACAACCAGAUCACAGACGGCCUCAAAGAUGCUUAAAGAUCUGAGUGAUCACUUUUCUGAACAAAAGUCUGAACAAAAACGGAACGUUAGGAGCUGCAGACACACAGUAUUAAAUGCGGGAUUCAACGGACAGCAAUGUGUUAUUAACCAUGCAUUUAUUGAAUUUUUUAAACAUUUUUAAAAAGAUGGAGCUCACACUCCCUUUACUCUUCCCCCUUCUGGUGUUAAUUACUGAUUAGACAAACAGAAAUCAAGGCUUUUGUGAAAACUGUUGAUUAUUUCCAAAAGGAAAAAGAAACUGACUGACAGUUCAUUUAAUUCCCAGUAGACGUGAAUCACAUGAUGAGUGCUGAAAAUCAAGAAGAAUCAAAAGAAAAUCAGGUUUCCUGCAAAGUUUUUAUUUGUAUUUUAUUUCCAGCUGCGUUUGCUCCGAGGUGAAAUGACCUUUAAUGACCUUGUACAGAUUUUAACUCUCCGGAUAUGAUGCUGCUGUUUUCCUUCUGUGAGUUUGUGUGGUCGUGUACCUGCCAGGUGUGCUCAUAGCUCCGCCUACACCGCUCACUGUCCAAUCACAUUCAGAGUAGCCUGUUGUCAGAUGUUAGCAUGAUGCUUGAGUCGAACUGCAGUACUGGCACGAGUGUACGACGACUGUUGGAACACGAGCAAACAUUAUGAAUAAAAUGAGGGAGACAGAACCAUGUUUAAACAUCAGACGUGUUGAAUAUCUUUCCCUCUUCCUUCUUCCUCAUAAAACCUUUGCUGAGCUGAUUUUAUUUUUAUUUUAUUUUUUUUUCUCUUUUUUUAGCAUCUUAAAACCCGCUUUGUCUGCUCGCUGGCAGUCGUCCUCUUCCUGCCUGUCAGUCAGUGGAACAUCACGAAACCAUCAGGAGAAAUGUGCGUCAUUCGAACAAAGCGUCGACCCGUUUCUCUAUAGCUCGGCUACUGUUCAAAAACUCUGCAGGGCAUCACUAACAUUUCUUACAUUAAACUAGUGAAAACCACGGAAGGUAGCGACGCAGUGGAUAUCCUGACGAACCGCAGUCUUCUGGUCUCUCCAGCUCAGCGUUUUUCACAGACCCCCAGGCUGCUUCCCUUGGUUUUGGCGUCAGGAUGAGACUUUCUUCAGCUGCAUUCUUCAGCCGUCUGGGCUUGCCCUCUCUCUUCAUCACGUUGCAUGACACUAUUAAUUCUAGUCCGUAGGGCAGAUGACUAUCAGUGUCUGUGGGGGAUGCUUUUCACUUGUAUACGCUCUGGACCGCGCUUCCUCUCAGCGCGAGCUGUUAAAAGUCUCCCGCAGGUUAAACUGGGCUAACUGGACACCACAGGGCUGAGUGACUGGCUCCAGUAAACGCACCGCACAUGGACAUGUAGAAACUAGUUCUUAUUGCAACAUUCAGAUUCCAAACUCUGGUCCCGGUCUGCAGUGCUCUUUGUAAAAGCUGUAGCUCUACCUUUUUUUAACAGAGAAAAUCCAAACACUUUGACUUCGACAUCACUGGAACUGCCGUAACACACUCGUAACUCUGGCUUGGAAAUUGAGAGCAUGAGAGCUGGAUCUGAGAAGAAGCCCUUUAAACAUCUGCUGUUGCUAAUAUUUCUAGUCUUCGAAUACAAAACGCAGCCACUUUUUCUGUAAUUUCCAAGAGACAAAUCAUCUAAUAUUAAGGACAUGUUGGAUACGUGUGUUUUUUCCCAGAAGCUUUUUGUGCUGUUACAUUAUUAAAAGUCCUCAUUCAAUCAUUUUCAAAA